AUGAAUGCCAUCCGGAAUUCACAUUUGUUCCUUGCUUUAUCACUAUUCUUAUCCUUCUCGUUCACAUCUUCUACUCGUCUCACUUUGCAUCAAGGCUCCUCUCUCUCCAUUGGGAAUGCGGACAACAUUUUGACUUCGAAUGACGGUGCUUUCUCCGCAGGCUUUUUUCCCAUCGGACCAAAUGCUUAUUGCUUCACAAUUUGGUUUAGCAAACCAUCUUGCAGUAUCCCUAACUGCACCACAGUUUGGAUGGCAAACCGUGACGAGCCUGUCAACGGAAGAUUCUCCAAGCUUUCUCUAAGAGAGAAUGGUGACCUUGAGUUGAUCGACGCUGGGGGGACGGUAGUUUGGUCCACAGACACAGGUUCCUCCUCAAGGUCCUCCACGAACUUGCAACUCCUCAACACGGGCAAUCUUGUUCUUCGUGACGACAAGCAUGCCACUUUGUGGCAAAGCUUCGACUCCCCAACCGACACGCUUCUUCCAGAGCAAAAGCUCACCUCAAACACACCGCUCGUUUCAUCUCGAAGCAAGAGCAACUUUUCUUCUGGAUAUUACAAGCUUUACUUUGAUAACGAUAACCUUCUCCAUCUUCUCUUCAGUGGCCAGACUACAAGCGUCUACUGGCCAAAUCCAUGGCUUAACAGUUGGCAGGCUGGAAGAUCCAGUUAUAAUGAUAGUAGAGUCGCCAUGCUUGAUCACUAUGGGAAUUUCAUUUCAUCUGAUAAUUUGACUUUCUUAACAGCUGAUUAUGGUGCAAAAAUUCAGAGAAGAUUGACAGUUGAUCCUGAUGGUAAUCUUCGGGUUUACAGUCAAGCUGAUGGAGGGAAAUGGAUGGUUUCAUGGCAAGCAAAAUCUGAUCCAUGCACGGUUCAUGGCAUUUGUGGACCUAAUAGCCUGUGUACGUACCAUCCUAGUGAGGGACGAAGUUGUAUUUGUGUUCCGGGAUAUGAGUGGGAAAACCUUUAUGACUGGACUAAAGGAUGCAAACCCAAAUUCAACAGCUUCUGUGAUAGCAAAGUUGAGACUGAAUUCGUGGAGUUACCGCAUUCUGACUUUUACGGGUAUGACAAAGGCUUCUUCCCAGGUUAUACUCUUGAGAUGUGCAAGAAGAUAUGUUUGGAUUUGUGCGAUUGCUUAGGUUUCCAAUAUAAAUUCUCUAACUGUUACCCCAAGUUGUUGUUGUUGAAUGGCCACUAUGCACCCAAGGUUAACGGGAGCAUCCACUUCAAGCUCCCAAAAUUGAAUGUCUCCUACGACAUACCGAAAAUAGAACAUGCUACUCUGCAAUGCACUGCCAAAGAAAUUAUGCUACCAAGGACUUAUCUAAAAAGACAAGAGAGUGCGGCAGUCAAGAUUUUGCUCACUUUUGCUUGGGCAAUAGCUGGAGUGGAGGCGAUAGUGGUACUAAUGGUUUGGUGCUUCUUAUACAGAACCCGCCCAGAGAAAGGUGGAGCUCAUAUUGAUGGAUACCAUGCAGGGCUGACUGGAUUUCAACGGUUCACCUACGAUGAACUAAAGAAGGCAACACGGAAUUUCAGUGAAGAAAUUGGAAGAGGGAGUGGAGGAGUUGUCUACAAGGCGGUGUUGUCAGAUUGCAGGGUUACAGCUGUCAAGCGGCUCAAUGAGGCUAACCAAGGAGAGAAUGAGUUUCUCGCAGAGGUGAGCACCAUAGGAAAUCUUCACCACAUGAACUUGAUUGACAUGUGGGGGUACUGUGCAGAAGGAAAGCACCGGCUUUUGAUCUACGAAUUCAUGGAACAUGGUUCGUUAGCAGAAAAUUUGUUUUCCCCAACUGAACUCGAUUGGCCCAGGAGGUUUGAAAUUGCCGUAGGAUCAGCCAGAGGACUCGCUUAUCUUCAUGAGGAAUGCCUAGAGUGGGUUCUUCAUUGUGAUGUAAAACCACAAAACAUACUUCUUGAUUCCACAUACCAACCGAAGGUGGCAGAUUUUGGGCUCUCUAAAAUACUCAAGAGAGAGGGCCUCAACUACUCGAGCUUCUCAAAAAUCCGAGGAACAAGAGGUUACAUGGCUCCUGAAUGGAUUUACAAUUUUCCAAUCACUUCCAAAGUGGAUGUAUACAGCUAUGGCAUUGUCUUGUUGGAGAUGGUCACUGGAAGGAGUCCCUCUGGAGAGCAUGAGAAGAUUGAGGGCAGUGAUGCGCAGGAGAUCAAAAAAUUUACUUCGUGGGUACGAGAGAAGAAGGGACUCGGCGUUCCAGCGCACACAUGGAUAGAGGAAAUUGUGGAUCCAAGAGUAAGAGGGGAAUAUGACAUUAGGAAGAUUGAAAUUUUAGUUGCAGUGGCUCUUAAGUGUGUGGAAGAAGACCGAGAUGCAAGACCCACCAUGAGACAGGUGGUUGAGAUGCUUCUAUGUUGCGAAGACGAAGAUGUGUAG